AUGUUCAAGAACAGAUCCACAAAGAAAAAGUCGCUGUCUACAGUUGACAACUUAUUGUCCACGUAUCUGCAAACCUCCGAUAAGAAGAUCUCCAAAUCCGUGAAGCAUAAUGCGUCGAGCAUCUUGGAGUCCAAGGCGCAAUCACAGAAGAAGCGUUCCAAGUCAGAAAUGAAGAAGUUCAAGUUGAAGGAACGGAAGCUGCGUAACAAGAAUUUGAAAAGAAACCAGAUACUGAAUGAGAAGAUUGACAUGCUUACAAAGCUGCAAAAUGGUGACGAUAAGCUCAUAAACGAUCUCGUUGCACGGAAAAUCGAUGCUCUUAAAAGACUCGACUCUAUAACCAGCGACUCCGACCUCCAGGAGCUGCAGAAUGAUGUGCUGAAUCUAAUAUCUAAGGAAUCCACAAAGGACAAGCUCAAAAACUCCAAUGAAAGAGACCAGCUACGUGCACGUAUAAGCAAGCUCGACAAUUUCAGCGAGAAGGUCAGCAGAGGCUACAUAUCAGUCAACGGUCUCACACCUGGUCUUGCGCAGCCGGGCGAUGACAGCGAUAGUGAGGAGGACGAUGAUAACUACAACCAAGAAACCCAAGAGAGUAGUCAGCUACGGAAUUUCAGGGACGAUUUCGACGACUACAACUGA